AUGCUUGUUGAGGAGAUACCGAAGUCCACAAAUGCUCAUUCAUCUACUAUCUACUUUAGCUCGUCUAUAAACCUCACAGCCCGGCUGAUGAACAAGUCACAUGUAAUAGCUGAUGGCGGACAGCAGUCUGGUUCCUCUGGUACUGACAAAAAGGGUAGGGCAAAAGUCAACUAUAACGUCAAUCAACUAAUGAAUGCACAAAUAGGUGACAACAGAGGCAGUGGUACUUCUUCAGUGGGAUCUGGCUCUGGCUCUGGCUCUGGUGGCCCCUUGAAAUCUGUCCAACAAAUCCAGUUGGAACGGUUGGUUUCUAAGCGAAUUGUUGAACUAAAUCAAGAGUCGUCGUCAUCGUCAAAAACUUUUGAGUUACCUAAAAACUUUACAUACAACACCAUUCAUUCCGCUGGAAAGAAGAUAUCUCAGAAGUCUAGAUUAGGGAAUACCCCUUCAACAAAGAGGAUUCUUGCUGCUCGAAGAAACUUGAACCUGUACUUUGAAGAAGAACGCAACUUGAUUUCGAUAAACACCAUCUUACAAUUGAAUUAUCAGUUUGUGGACUUUCAUGAUUAUGAAAACAAACCAAAGUCGAAGAAGCAGAAAACUCACCACAUUUACCGCCCAAAAUUAAGAUUAUGUUGCAUCUGUGGCUCUAGUUCAAGUUAUUCUCGUUGUUCCAAUUGUGGACUUUUCUAUUGCAGUGUCAAGUGUAACAAUUUACACCAGCAACUGAGAUGUACGUAA